AUGAACGACCGGUCGUACCGAGCACCACGAACCCCACCGCCUCCACCGAACAGCCCAGUCUACUUUGUCCCGGAUGGUAAGGUUUUUGAACUUCUUUUGUACAUACCUUUGCUCGUUUUCCAGAUGACGUCGCCAAUGCUUUCGUCAUGGAAAUCGUGUCGAAAAGUGUGGGAGAGAUUCUGGAGAAGAUCAUCAAGUACCGAGAGGCCAGCAAGAUAGAGGCGGAAGUUUUGAAGGAGAUGAAGAGAAAGAACCUCGACGAGAUCAUCAAAAAUAUUAAAAAUAAUUGUCGGACUCAGCAGUGA